AUGGAGGGUGGAAGGGACUUAGCUGAGCGGUGGGAAGAGGAACAGUCAAAACUUUUGAGUGGCAUAUGUGUUCCUCAAUUCAAGUACUCGAUAGCACAAGGCAGUUCUCUGGACUACCACUACUUUUUGGGUCCAAAAACAGGAAUCUGGAAAGAAAAUACAGCAUAUGAACCCGGACUUUCAUUUGGCAAUGUUGACGCGUGUAGAGGAGGUAAUGCCUGGAGGAGGCCUAUAUUUGCAAUAAUGGCAAUGAACACCUCCAGAGGCCUAUUAGUUACACAGAGGACAUCUCAUUUUGGUUUCCGAAGGGAGAAGUAUGAUGAGGAUGAAUUUAGUAUUUUAAGUAGAAGUAAGAGUAUGGCAAAGGGCAAUUUACUAUCAACUAAUGGCCCCACAACUUGCGUUGGAGCAAAGGGAAACUUGCCCCACUGGCUCAGAGAAUGCUUUCCUCUGUAUGAUCUUUCAUGGUUUCACUGGUAG